AUGAUUGUGUUUAAUGUCAAUCACUUUGAAAAGAUUUUGUAUCUUAAAAUCUAUGUGAAUCUUGUAUAAGUGGGUAUUAUUUAUCAAAUUAGGGAUGUUAAUUAUGCUCAUUAGCUAUUAGUCAUUGUUAGAAGUGCGAAGAUACAAGUAUUUGGAAAGAGUGUUAAAUGGGCUAUUAUUUAUAAUAUUAUUAAUAUAUUAUUAAUAGAUACAUAAUCAAAUUCUUCUUUAUGUCCUUCCAAAUGUUUUGAAUGUAGAUCUUAUGAUUAUUGCACAAAAUGUGAGGAUGGUUAUUAUAGUAAUGAAACUGUUAUUAAUUAAAAGACAUCCUGCAAUGUUUGUCCUUAGAAAUUGUACUAAAUGCAAAAAUUCAAGUUAAUGUACUAAAUGUGUUUUAGGAUAUUUUGA